AUGAGCGAAAAUGAUUCUAGCAAUUUGUCUCAUAAAACUCCGGUAACUUUGCUGCAGGAAAUUUGUGCAAAGAAAGGUCUGAAAAUCGAGUAUGAAUUGGCGGCCAAUGAUGGACCUCUGCAUAGGCCUGAAUUCACAUACGUUCUUAAGGCCGGCCACCUAAAUAUAUCGGCUUCAGGAUCCAGCAAGAAGCAAGCCAAGCAUAAUGUAGCCCUUGAAAUGCUGAACUUAAUGUUGAAGCCACAUUCAGUCAGUCCUUGCCUAUCAACUAACAGCUUAAAUGAAGAACCACAGUACUCCAAUCCAAUAGGGAAAGUUCAGGAACUGAGCCAAAAAAUGUUGUGGUCCCCACCUAUCUACGAGUUUUCAUUGGAGAAGGGCCAGCCACAUCAUAAACUGUUCAACUGUACUGUCUCCUUGAUGAAAUAUUCCAUGAAAGGCUAUGGCUCCUCAAAAAAGUUAGCCAAACGAGAUGCAACAACUAAGCUGUUAGGCAUGCUUAAAGGACAAAAUAUUAUAAACGAGAGUUUGUUAUCUAAUGGUAGUAGUGAUGAAGUGUCAAAAAGUAAUAAUUCAUCGAAGAUAUACGACAAAUUAAAAUCAGCCCCACGUCUGCCUAAUCUAACUCCUAAUUUCAGUCAGAAGAUAGCACGAUUCUACCAGAAGUUGAGGCAGAAACCAGGUAAAACCUUAGCCUCACUGCAGACUCUAUCACUAAACACUGAAUCAAUCAACUACCAUGACAUUCUGGAGAUGGUUGGUCAAGAAGAACAAUUCGAAAUUCUGUAUAUCGAUUUUCCAGAGCUUACUGUUAAGGGCGAGUGUCAGUGCCUAGUACAGCUUUCGAAAUUGAAGGUUGCCAUUUGCCAUGGGACUGGUGAAUGUAAGGAUGAUGCUCACACCGACGCAGCCCACAACGCCUUACAGUAUCUCAAAAUUAUGACGAGGAAAUAG